AUGUCAUUCCAUAUUCAUAGUAUUGUCUCCGGUCGAAAGUCUCUAUGGGUCGAAUGGAUUAGGAGUUAUAGACUAAAGGAGAGAUCUUUUUGGGACAUUCCUGAUCCUAGGAAUGCUUGCUGGAGCUGGAGGAAAUUAUUGCAAAUUAGACCGCUUGUCAGAAAGUUUUUUUGGUCUAAGAUUGGUAAUGGGCAGAACACAUCGCUUUGGUAUGAUAUGUGGUGCGAAGAUUGUCCGCUUAGCAGAUAUGUAUCGCCUAGACAUAUAUCUAGGGAGGGGUUGUCCAUCUACUCAAGAGUGGCGGAUGUGGUUGUUGAUAAUAAUUGGCAAUGGCCUGAGGCGUGGAGAGACUUGUUCCCUAUCUUAUUUCAGCUAAAUCCCGUUCAAAUACAUAGUAACAAAACUGAUACCAUAGCUUGGAAAGAUUCAGAUGGGAAGCUUGUUCCAUUCUCUACCAAACUUGCAUGGGACGCCAUUCGAAGACGGGAGCAGAAAGUUCUGUGGGAUAAAGCUGUUUGGACCUCGUGUUGGAUUCCUAGGCAUGCUUUUCACUUGUGGUUGGUGUUUAGGGAGAAGUUGUGGACACAGGAUCGGAUCCGGAAUGUGCAAAUAAUAUCAAACGGGUCGAUGAAUAUGAUGUGUUGCAUGCUUUGUUUUAACAACUUGGAGUCUCAUUCUCAUUUGUAUUUUGAAUGUGAAUAUUCUGCAAAGGUUUGGAACUCGCUAAAGGUUAGGGCAGAGUUGGAUGAUGUUUCUGGUAGAUGGGAAGAUGUAGCCGAGUGGAUGAAUGUCAAUGCUAAGUUAAAAUCGGUUAAAGCCGUUAUUGGUAAACUAUUGGUAGCGGCUAUUACCUAUUUUCUUUGGCAAGAAAGGAACUCAAGGCUCCAUAACAACCAGCCUCGGCCACCAGAAAAGCUAGUAGAGAUUAUAUCCGAGACCAUCCGCUUAAAACUUCAUUCUUUUAAGUAUAAGCGUACGGAUUCAGCUUGUCAAAUCCUAAGGGAGUGGAAGAUCACUAGCAUGGAGGUUUUUUUGGCUAGUUAA